CGUGUCAGCGUGCAACGUGGCGUUUAUGGUCAUCUCGUAUUUCACACAUCCCGGGAGCCAAUAGUGGAGAGCAUAACAUAGUUGGUGGGAAAUGUUCAGUGUUAUCGCAGAACUGAGUGGCUUACAUGAACUUCCUAGAGAUUUCUGCCUGGUUGUCCUCUCCAGAGUGUGAUAGCAAUGAACCGGGUACGUUUGAAACAGAAAUGAAUACGCUAGGCACCUGAGAAACGUGUACGAAAUCCUGUAAAUGUGGUAUAGCGAAGACACUUUUGCAAAGCUACAUUUAGUUGCACAGCCUGAUUGCGUUCUCAGUUCUGGUUCUACGAUAUUAUCAGUCUCGUUUCUUAACGUUUGUAGAUAAUUAGCAACUAGCCAUUUUUUGCGAACGAAGAUAACUAGAUAGCUAUGGACUUACCCAGCGGUGUGGGCUGGUUGUUGCUGUGUGCGUGUUUGGUGUUAAGUAAGCCCACUUUGCGGAAAGAUCGUGUUUACCAUGAACCCGAGUUAAGUCCUAGACCGGCAGCCGAGGAGGAUGGGAGCCACAAAUACGACCACGAGGCCUUUUUGGGCAAGGAAGAGGCAACUACAUUUGAUCAGUUAACCCCAGACGACAGCAAGGAAAGGCUUGGGAAAAUUGUAGACCGGAUAGAUGGUGACAAGGAUGGAUUUGUAUCGCUGAAUGAGCUAAAAAGCUGGAUAAAACGGGUUCAGAAACGCUACGUUUAUGAAAAUGUGGCUAAGGUCUGGUCUGAUUAUGACACCAACAAAGACAACAUGAUUUCAUGGGAUGAGUACAAACAAGCAACAUAUGGCUACUAUCUCGAUAGUCCAGGGGACUUUGAGCAGUUCACCUUCAAAAAGAUGUUGCCUCGUGAUGAGCGGAGGUUCAAAGCCGCCAACGCUGACGGUGACCUGGUAGCCAACCGUGAAGAAUUCACGUCUUUCCUCCACCCCGAGGACUUUGAGCAUAUGAAAGACAUUGUGGUUCUUGAAACCCUGGAGGACAUUGACAAGAAUGGUGAUGGCUUUGUGGAUGAGGAUGAGUACAUAGCGGACAUGUUUACAAACCCAGACGGGGGAGUAGAACCGGACUGGGUGAAGACUGAGCGGGACCAGUUCUCUGACUUCCGGGAUAUGAACAAAGACGGAAAGAUGGACAAGGAGGAGAUCCGCCGCUGGAUCCUCCCUCAGGACUAUGACCACGCCCUGGCCGAGGCCAAACACCUGGUGUACGAAUCAGAUGCGAACAAGGAUGAGAUGCUGACCAAAGAGGAGAUCUUGGACAACUGGAACCUUUUCGUGGGGAGCCAAGCCACCAACUACGGAGAGGACCUGACCAGGAGGCACGACGAGCUGUGAUGUUUCCUCAGAGCCGCAGAACCGUUGGGUGCCGGGCCGAGAAGAACUGCACCAGCGGCAGUGACGCACAGCGGCCUGCGGGCCCACGGACUAGCUGCAGAACCACGGUCCACAGAACUUCCCUGCACCGCCCUGAAGGCCACAGCUAUCCUCACGUUUCUGUGAGAGUGGCAGUCACCGUGAGGGAAAUGUUGUGGUCUCAGUGUAGUCAUAUGUGAGAAGCACAGAGACUUUUGUCCACCACUGAGCCUCGUUUAAAAGCCAUCAAAAAUGUGAUGCACGUCUGCCUUCUUAGUUUUUUUAAAGUUUAGUUUUUUUCAUUUCUGUAUGUCAAAACAUUUAUAGAUUUCUGAAAAUUUUGUUGCCUUAAUUUUAUUUAGUUAUUUUCUUUUAAAAAAUGUUUUUUACUCCUUUCUUGGAAAACUUCACAGGGACUAGCCUGAAAUAAGAAAGGCUGGAGCACACUGAGCUCAGAUCAAAAGAUGCUGUUUAAUGAAAGGGAAGACUGGCAUUUGGACGUCUAUGACAGUGGUCUCCAACCCUGAUCCUGGAGAGCUACAGGGUCUGCUGGUUUUCAUAUUGACUCUGCACUUCAUGAAUCAGUUAGAGCAGUUGAUUACACGGUUAACUCACCUGGUGUCUUGGGUCUCAAUUGGGUGCUGAUUUUAAGGUGAAAACAAAAACCAGCAAACCCUGUAGCUCUCCAGGCCCAGGGUUGGAGACCACUGGUCUAUGACGUCUUACUUGGAGUCAAAAAGGCUUUUGCUCUGAGCUCAGUGCUAGUCCCCAUGAAGUUGUCUGGGUAAGGAGUUCUUGACUGUUGAGCACCUACUUAAGCCCUCUUUUAUUUGUCUGGCUUGAAGCGCAUUGGCCACCUUCCUUUUGAUCCACAGACUUGUAUAUUCCAUUUAGCUUGAGAUGGCAUUUUCUGUCGCACAGGAGCUCUAGAUCAAUUUGUCUGGUCUUUGUAGGGUGAUUGAAGUGUUUUACUUGUUACAAACACGUUUCGUAUAACUGGGGCCAGCAGUGUGUCUCCCCUUGUUUUCUUGCUCGGUACUUCCGUCCACCGUCAGCUAGAGCUUGCGAUAGCCUCCUUGUCAAGCCCCUUCUCAAACAAUUAUCCCAUUUGCACCACCUCAAGAAUCUAAGUUUAUAAAGUAAUUGCUGCUAAUUAAGAACAGACGGUGACUGACAGCGAGGUUUGCAAGUGACACUCAUGCUAAAUUCAGCUUGAUUACUAACUACCGUGGACAUGCUGAGGUAUUUUUAAAUUGUACAGUGGCAUGUAGCAGUUAUAUAACAUUUAACUUGCACAAAAAAGUUAAGUAAAAAUAAGUUGACGAUUCAACUAAUUAACGAAUCAUGGUCUUCAAUCAAGACCUUAAGUAGAAUCAGGUCUCUCAGUGCUGGGCAAUGACAAAAACCUGAAAACAACACACCGCACUUUUCGGAUAAGAUUGGACACUCCUACUUUAUGCGGAUGCAUUUUUCUUUUUUACUGCAGUGAUACUCAAUCCUGGUCCUGGAGAAGCAUAGAGUCUGCUGGUUUUUGUUUUUUCCUUAAGAUCAGCAACCAAUUUAGACCCAAGAAACCAGGUUACCUGAGCUAACUGUAAUCAAGUGCUUUUACUGAUCGAUUUCUGUGCUCAAGUUGUGAGUAACAACAAAAGCCAGCAGAUCUUGUGGUUCUUCCACAUGAACUUCCAUCCAUGUUCACUUUCGUCCCUGACUCUCCCCUUAUUAGAUAAACUGAUUGUUCAUAAAAGUCCCAAUUAGAAACUCAAUUCUAUGCUUCGUCACUUAACUGUGCCGUUGGAGUGCCUAUGAGGACCCCUUGAGGAUAACUAUCGAAAUACAAGUUUAAAUCCCUGCAGGUCACAUGGUGGAGACAAACCGGUGGCCCUAUAUAUAUAUAUAUAACUGAAUGUGCAAUUAACUUUUUGGGUCAUGCCUUUUUACACAGGAUUGCAUUUGUAAAUGAUGAAAGUCAUUUAUGUAAAUAUCAAGCCUUUUAUAUGCUUACAAUGUCUUCAUUGAUGCCUUUUGUUAGGAUUGUGUGAACAAGCAUUGUCAGGUUUUUGUGAAAUUAUGCAAAAUGUGGGGUGAACAUUUCCUUUUUUUCAUUACCUCAAGGCCAGGCCAUGUACAGGUUCUACUGAUUACAACCUAUGUGGCAGGCCUCAUUUCACUCUUGAAAUCGCUAUCUUUUACUUCAUGUGCUUAAGUACUGUGCUGUACUAUAGAAAUUGUUUAUUUAUCAUAACACUUCUCUACGACAUUAUGAACAAAGUUGGCAGCAAUACUUGUAACUUUCCACUCCAGAGAAUAAAACUUUUUUGACUUUU